CUCAUCUUUUCCACUUUCCAGCCUUUUUCUUAACAAAAACAACUCUCUUUUUCCCUUUCCCAUUCAACCUCGACCAGAGCCUUGUCGCACCAACUCUUGCGCAUUGUCAUCAACAACUGCCAUUGCGUUUAUUAGGCUCGAGCCAUCUCUUCUAGCCUUGAGGCAGAUUCUUUUUCUAACUCCUUAUUUCUUUUUUAAUUCUCGUCAUCUCUUUCAAUUCACCUCCAUCUUGCGACAUCUAACAUCGCCACUAUUUCCAUCAACAAAUCCAUCAAUAUGUCUGCGGAAGAAGAUCUGAUCGACUACUCCGACGAGGAGCUGGCCACCAACGAGGCCACCACUACCACCAACGGAAAGAAGACCGACGCUGCCGCCGGCGGUAAUUCUGUUGACAAGAAGGGAUCAUACGUCGGUAUUCACGCCACCGGUUUCCGUGAUUUCUUGCUCAAGCCUGAGCUUCUUCGCGCCAUCGCCGACUGCGGAUUCGAACAUCCUUCGGAGGUUCAACAAACAUGUAUUCCCCAGGCUCUUCUCGGAGGUGAUAUCAUCUGCCAAGCGAAAUCCGGUCUCGGGAAGACAGCUGUCUUCGUCCUCACUACCCUCCAGCAAGUAGAACCCGUUGCUGGUGAAUGCUCCGUCCUGGUCAUGUGCCACACUCGUGAGCUUGCUUUCCAGAUCCGAAACGAGUAUAACCGUUUCAGCAAGUACAUGCCCGAUAUCAAGACCGGCGUGUUCUAUGGUGGUACUCCCAUCCAGAAGGAUGCCGAACUUCUUAAGAACAAGGAGACGCAUCCCCACAUCAUCGUCGGCACUCCGGGUCGUCUCAACGCUCUUGUGCGAGACAAAUACCUCCGCCUUACCAGCGUUCGAAUCUUUGUUCUCGAUGAGUGUGACAAGAUGCUUGACGCUAUCGACAUGCGACGAGACGUUCAGGAUAUUUUCCGAGCCACUCCGCAACAGAAGCAGGUCAUGAUGUUCUCCGCCACUCUCUCCGACGAAGUGAAGCCGAUCUGCAAGAAGUUCAUGCAGAACCCUACCGAGCAUUACGUCGAUGAAGACACCAAGUUGACCCUCCAUGGAUUGCAGCAAUACUACAUUAAACUCGAUGAGCGCGAGAAGAACCGAAAACUUAACGAACUUCUCGACGAGUUGCAAUUCAACCAGGUAAUUAUCUUCGUCAAGAGCACCAUCCGUGCCACCGAGCUUGACAAGUUGCUCCGUGAAUGCAACUUCCCAUCCAUCUCGGUUCACUCGGGAGUCAGCCAGGAAGAGCGUAUUAAACGAUACAAGGAAUUCAAGGAGUUCAACAAGCGCAUCUGUGUCGCAACUGAUGUGUUCGGUCGUGGUAUCGACAUUGAGCGUAUCAACUUGGCCAUCAACUACGAUCUACCUGGCGAUGCUGAUUCUUACCUUCACCGUGUCGGUCGUGCCGGCCGAUUCGGUACCAAAGGUCUGGCAAUUUCCUUCGUGAGCACCGACGCGGACCAAGAUGUCCUGAAGCAAAUUGAGAAGCGAUUCGAAGUCGCUUUACCUGAAUUCCCGAAGGAUGGUAUCGAUGCUAGCACUUACAUGGCCUCUUAAGUCUGUUUCGUGACUGACUUGCGCGGUUCUUGGCGCGCAUCAAGCAAUUUCGUGCAAUCCAGGGGAUUGAUAUUUGUGCGCCCAUUCAUCUCACGAAAAAGAUUUGUUUUCCGAAAAGCAAGGUUUCAUAUGGCAUCAGGGGCUUUCUGUACAUUAUAAUCUUUCGGCUUGGAACGGGUGGCUGGCACAGUUUCACGGGGCCAGAGAGAUUAUCUGCUGAGGAUGCCCUGAUUCGUCGUGGCUUAUUUUGAGCUCUCGCCAUCAACGGCUUCGUAAACGGUUAUGGUCCGUACUCCGAUUUCGCGCAAUUAAUGAAUAGACUGAUAUGAAGA